UGCAGUACACGGGCUGAACACAUUCCUGCAUUGCAAGGCUUUCUGUUAAGGAUGUAUUGUGGCUUUUGUUUGGAUUGCAGCAUGCAGAAUUACAGCUGUUCAGAGGAGACUCAUUACAACUCCUGCUGAAGUUCUAAUCUUCCUCCCUUCUUCUGCCCCUUCCCCUACUCUCACUUGGCCUGAAGACAUUGUUCCCAGAGUUUGCCUUACUCCCCUGGUGCUAUGUAUAUGGUGAACCUGGCACUAUGGCGGCGUCUGGGACUGGCCAGACAACUGCUGUUGGCUCUCCCUAUUCCAAGAAGGACUUAAAGGGGAAUUGCACUGCAGGCAAUGCACCAGAGCAGCAGCCUCGGGAGCUUGGGGACUAAGGCUCCUCUGACAUUUUACACAUAUGCAAAGCUGACCGCAUUGACAGCAGCUGCUCCUUUGAACGUUAGCAGCAGCCAAGCGGCAGCAUGAAGUGAGAGAUCACUCCUGAGCUCAAGAUGAACUCCACCUUGGAUGGUAAUCAGAGCACCCACCCUUUUUGUCUCUUGGCAUUUGGCUACCUGGAAACUGUCAGUUUUUGCCUUUUGGAAGUGCUGAUUAUUGUCUUUCUAACUGUAUUGAUUAUUAUUGGCAACAUCGUUGUGAUUUUUGUAUUUCACUGUGCACCUUUGUUGAACCAUCACACCACAAGUUAUUUUAUUCAGACAAUGGCAUAUGCUGACCUCUUAGUUGGAGUAAGCUGCCUGGUCCCUUCUUUAUCACUCCUCCACUACCCACUUCCAAUAGAGGAGUCCUUGACUUGCCAGAUAUUUGGUUUUGUAGUAUCAGUUCUGAAGAGUGUCUCCAUGGCCUCUCUGGCCUGUAUCAGCAUUGAUAGAUACAUUGCCAUCACUAAACCUUUAACUUACAAUAGCCUGGUUACACCCUGGAGACUUCGCCUGUGCAUUUUUCUGAUUUGGCUAUACUCCACCCUGGUCUUCCUGCCUUCCUUUUUCCACUGGGGCAAACCUGGAUAUCAUGGAGAUGUGUUUCAGUGGUGUGCAGAGUCCUGGCAUACCGACCCCUACUUCACCUUGUUCAUCGUGAUGAUGUUAUAUGCCCCAGCAGCCUUCAUUGUCUGCUUCACAUAUUUCAACAUCUUCCGCAUCUGCCAACAGCACACAAAGGAGAUCAGCGAAAGGCAAGCCCGCUUCAGCAGCCAGAGUGGGGAGACUGGGGAAGUACAGGCAUGUCCCGAUAAACGUUAUGCCAUGGUCCUGUUUCGUAUCACUAGUGUGUUCUAUAUCCUCUGGUUGCCAUAUAUCAUCUACUUCUUGUUGGAGAGUUCCACUGACCACAGCAACCGCUUUGCAUCCUUCUUAACCACCUGGCUUGCAAUUAGUAACAGUUUCUGCAACUGUGUCAUUUACAGUCUCUCCAAUAGUGUCUUCCAAAGGGGACUAAAGGGCCUCUCAGGGGCCGUGUGUACUUCUUGUGUGAGUCAGACUGCAGCCAAGGACCCUUAUACAAUUAGAAACAAAGGCCCCCUUAAUGGGUGACAUGUCUGAAGUAGCUCAGAUUCCUGAUCAUUCUGUGUGCGGGGAGUUUUUUGGUGGUUGUUCUUCUUCACUUUUUAUCUCUUUGUAUUCCUAGUUUGCUAGAUCUGAGACAGAAUAAUUUGACUGUAAACAGUAGCAAGCAAAUGGUCUAUCCAAACUACCUUCUAAAUUUGAUUUCUAAAUGUGAUUUGAAUCAGAAGAAUCAGGAUCAUGAAGAAAAAUUGCUCAUUUCCAACUUUUGAAAUGUCAUAGAAAUGACUACACUUCUCAGAUUUAAAAGGAAUAAAGCCAUAUUUAACACCUCUCCAGCUGGCAUGACUGAACCUGGGUGUGAAAAGUGUCAUUUUUAAAAGUCAUUUUCUUGUCGCUUUUCUAGAUUCUUUCCAGCUAUUUGGACUUCAUGUGCAAUUGAUAUCUUUAACAGGGAAUAUUAAAUAUACUGAUGAAUUAACAGGGUUUUAUUUUUAUCUUUGUGUCAGAAUGUAAUUGCACUGCAAGUUUCAGCACUAAUUUAGAUAGCCAAUGUUUUGUGUAGUAUUUUUUUCAGAGAAUUCUCAAUAAAGUAAAUAAUAUGAGCACUUAAAUUUUACUUUUACAAUUUUGCAAUAAACCAUGAAGCAAAAACAAAGACAACUCCCACAGUUUAUGAAAACUGAGCUACCUUUUGUGCCAUGCUUCACAGAUAUCUGAAGAUAUGUGUGCUUAGAAGUCAUUGCAUUGCAGUAUUUUGGCCUGUGGCUUUGUUUAUGUAUAUUGAGACUAUUUGAAUUGAAUUAAAGUUCUCUUUAAUAGGAAAAUGUAUUUAAAUAAGUUAAAAAAUAAAUGAUAGUAUUACAGUUUA